GGCUGUGUCCCGUGGGAUAGGGGGGGGCGGCUGCGCCGCCAUGUUUGUGUAGACACGAGGCUCUCGGGGUACAAGAUGGCGGCACUAGCUCCCUCUAGUGACGGCGGCGCCCGGAUCUCCCUGUCGGUGGUGUGAUGUCAUUUCCGGUCCGGUGCAGGAUGGCGGUGCCGGUGUCCCCGGGGCGGGAUGUGUUCGCGGAGGGGCUGCUGGAGCUGCUGAAGCCGGCGGUGCAGCAGCUGGACUCCCAUGUGCACGCUGUGAGAGAGAGCCAGGUGGACCUGCGAGAGCACAUUGACAGCCUAGCAUCAGAGCUCUGCAAGAUUAAUGAGGACCAAAAGGUGGCUCUGGACCUGGACCCUUACGUGAAGAAGCUGCUGAACGCCCGUCGUCGGGUCGUCUUGGUGAAUAACAUCCUGCAGAACGCGCAGGAGAGACUGAGGCGUCUCAAUCACAGUGUGGCCAAAGAGACCGCCCGGAGAAGGGCAAUGUUGGAUUCCGGAGCCCACCACCCUCCAACAUCCCCCAACAAAUGAGGCUGAGAGAGGAAUUGUGGAGCUGCGCCGUCUCUCUCCCUAAUAUCGGUGGAUUAGAUUUCUGCCAGCCCAGGUGUGUGUGUGCAGGCGGCCCUCUGUUACACCUGCCGGGGGGGGGCCAAACGCUUAGCAGCCCGGCGUGGGGGGCGACAUCUGCUGACACGAUCAACUGACUGCACUGGGAGAAUUAUAUUCCGGUGUGAUGCAUGAAACCUAAUAUAGCAAUCAUCAUCGUUCCCUGGUCCUCCGUUCUCCAGCUGCCGAUCAGACGUUCCUGAGGAUUGUGUCGUAUUUCCCAGCAUUCCAUUUGUAGUUUGCCUUCAGCACGUGACCCGGCCACCGGGACUGGUGCGCCAGGCGCUUUCUGCCCUGCGCAGAGCAGUGCGUCAUGUAUGCACGCACGUUUGUCAUGUUGCCGGGGGUCAUAGCUAUUACCAGAGGCCGAGUACCAGAUGGGUUUACAGACUGCCAGGGGGGAUAUGUACGGUGUAUAUGCUAUACAUUGUAUCCCCCAUCUGCUGCACUGUGAUAUUCGGCUUGUGCCCGCUCUGCCUGACUUACGCUCUUGUAUCUCAAUAAAUGUUACCCGCUGAA